AUGGAAAAUAUUGAAGAUCAUUCAUCAUCAUCGGAUGAUGAGAAUGGAUUUGUGAAUAAAUUUGGAAGAUUUGUCAUUAAUCAAUUUAAUGAAGAAGAGAAACUGAAAAAUGAACAACAAAAAGUACAACCUAUUCUCAGUUCACCCAACACUAAAAUUAUCGUUGGAUCUCCAAGUACCAACUCUUCAAAAAAUAUAAACUCUACUUCAACUAAAAUUAAAAGUCCUCCUUUUCAAUCUAUUCAACAACAAAAUAAUCAAAAAAAUAAUCAAAAAAAUAAUCAACAAAAUCAACAAAAUAAGAUUAAUCGUAAUAAUGAAAAUACCAGAAUCUAUAGUCCAACCAUUACAAUUAAAUCAACACCAACAACAACAAAAAUUAAUCAAUCCAAACAAGAUAAGAAUAAUAGAUUAUGUGCAAAUUAUUUUGAUUUAAGAGAUGCAUUAUCAUUGUCAAAAGAACAAAAACAACAAAUUAAAGAAUGUCAUCAAACUGAAGGACCAGUUUCAGGAAUCCCUCCAAAUGAACAACAAGACAAUAGUGAUAAUGAAGAUAGCGAUGAUGGAUCAUUUAAAUUAAGAUAUAAUGAUAUACCAACAACCUAUGAAGAAACACCAUCCUAUUCAUCGGCAUUUAAUAUUUUACAAAGACAACAACAAAAGAAAAACAACCAAAAACAACAACAAGAUGGUGGUGUUGACAAUCACAAAGAAUCAACUAUUUUAUUUGGACAAGAAGCAACAUUUGAUCCAAAACAUCAAGAUGUCUUUACUACAUCGUCAUCGGAAGAAGAUGAAGAGGAAGAUCACCAAUAUGGAGACCAUUUGGAAGAGAUUGAACAAAUAGAUGAAGAAUUGGAAGCUGAAAUUGAUGAAAUGGGAUCUGCUUCAACAUCAUCUAUUGCUUCCAUGUCAAGUUCCUCAUCCCUACAUACACCCGUUCAAUUAUCUGGAUCAUUGUCAUUUACAGCUCCAACCAAAGCCGGUGAAACUCAUAUUAUUACAGAACUUCAACCAUUUAAUUUAAAUAGUCCUGUAUUUUGUAGAAUUCAAACAACUUCCACCAGCAAUAAUUCUCAACAACAAAAAACAAUUGAAUCACAUACAACAAUCGAUACAGUAAAAUAUGAUGAUGUUAGUAAAUCCACCAUUGAAGUUCCAGAUCAACCAAUUGAAAAAUCAAAAAAAAGAUUAAGUUUUUUUAAAAGAAGAUCAUCAUCAUCAUCAUCACCUUGUGGAUCAAUAAAUAAACACAACAAGAAACAACCAAAACAACCACCAAUUCCUCUUAUUUCAAAUGAUAAUAAUAUUACAUAUAAUGAUAUUUUAUCCGAUGAAGGGAAAUAUUCAAUGAAAGUAAUAUCAGAAUUAUUAAACAAACUAUUUGCAUCUAAAAAAUAUAGUACUUUAAAUAUAUUUAUGGGUUUGGCUUUAUUACAUAGUUAUUAUAAACAAGUAGUAAUUAGAAAUUGGAAUUGUGUUGAUGAUAAAACAUUUUUGGAAGAGGGAUUAAGAUAUCAAAAGUUUUGUACUGCUACGUAUGGAAGAAAAUUGUAUUAUGGUAUUAUGGAAAGUAGUCCCGUCAAUUUGAUAAAGGGAAUUGCUGGAACUGAUUCACUCAACACCAAAGUUAUCAUUAAACAUCUUGGUAUUGAUAAAAAGGAUAUUAUUGCAACUAAAUGGUUCAGCUCCAAGUAUAGCCCGGGACACUAUGUAGCAAUUGAUCAUAAGACCAAGUCGGUGGUAUUGGCUAUCCGUGGUACAUUUAAUCAUUUUGAUGUUAUCACUGAUCUCGUCUGUACAUCUUCCAACUAUAGUGGUGGAGGUGCUCAUUUGGGAAUGUUACUUUGUAGUCACAAGAAAAUGCAGGAAUUGGAAAACAUACUAUUACAACAACUAUCAAAUCAUCCUGGCUAUCGUCUCAUUGUUACUGGUCAUAGUUUGGGUGCUGGUGUUGCUAGUUUUUUUACUUUUUUAUUUUACGAUGCACAUCCAGAAAUACCAAUUCAUUGUUAUGCAUAUGGUACACCAUGUAUGUUAUCACAUGAAUUGGCGACACAUGAUGUAGUCAAAAAGUUGAUUACAUGUUUCUCAAUGAACAAUGAUAUUGUUAGUCGUUUGUCUUUUUGCUCAAUGUUUUAUCUUAAAGAGGUUCUCGACGCCAUCCUUUCGCAGAGCAAGACAAAGAUACAGAGAGGAUUCCAAAUUGUGUCGGCUGGUAAUGGCUUGGGUGAGAAACUCACCAAAAAGCUGAGCAAGAUUCUAAAGGUGUCACCAACCAUUGAUCUGUCGCAUGUCGAGCAUCGCGAAAGUGGAGAAACACAAAUGUACCCAGCUGGCAAUAUGUACCGUAUCGUCAAAAUCUCCAAAGGUGUCUAUGUCGCCGAAGCAGUAGACAGCAAAUCAUUUGACAAGAUUAUCGUAUCCACUACCAUGUUUACCGAUCAUAUGCCUCAAAAGUAUGAAUUUGGUUUGGCAAGCGCACUCGAAAACUUUGGAAAGACUGAAUUGACAAAGAGACCUCCAUCUGAUACUACAAACGUAAAGGGUGUUCCUGCUGGAACUGUUAUCGAUGAACAUCAAUUAAACAAGGUGAACACUACUACUACUACGACCACUCCAACUCAACAAGAAUCAAUUAUUCAACAACAGGCAACAACAACAAAUCAACAACGACAAGAGAUAUUAUCAAAUGACUUGGCAAACUCUGAACAUCUUACAGGACUAUUGGUCCCUACUUCACUUACAGCCUCUUAUUCUGCAGCUGCUCAUCUUCCAGAUGAAUAA